AGUUUUUUUGGAGAUUAAACGCUUGGAGAGGAAAAUGACGUCGAUUAUCAAGUUGACUACGCUUUCAGGGGUGCAGGAGGAAUCUGCCCUUUGCUAUCUGUUGCAAGUAGAUGAAUUUCGUUUUCUUUUGGACUGUGGCUGGGAUGAAAACUUUUCUAUGGAUAUUAUUGAUUCUCUGAGGAAACAUGUACACCAGGUUGAUGCUGUUCUUCUUUCUCAUCCUGACCCUCUACACCUUGGUGCUCUUCCAUAUGCAGUUGGAAAAAUGGGGUUGAAUUGCGCCAUUUAUGCAACUAUUCCUGUAUAUAAAAUGGGACAGAUGUUUAUGUAUGAUCUCUACCAGUCCCGCCAUAAUACUGAAGAUUUCACACUCUUUACAUUGGAUGAUGUAGAUGCAGCCUUUGAUAAGAUACAACAACUGAAGUUUUCUCAGAUUGUGAACUUGAAAGGCAAAGGACAUGGUUUGUCAAUCACACCAUUGCCAGCUGGCCACAUGAUAGGAGGCACAAUUUGGAAGAUUGUCAAGGAUGGAGAGGAAGAAAUUGUUUAUGCAGUUGAUUUCAACCACAAGAGGGAGAUCCAUCUGAAUGGAUGUUCCUUGGAAAUGUUGAGCAGGCCUUCAUUGCUUAUUACAGAUUCAUUUAAUGCUACUUACGUACAACCCAGGAGGAAGCAAAGGGAUGAACAGCUACUGACUAAUGUUUUGGAGACAUUACGAGGUGAUGGGAAUGUAUUAAUAGCCGUGGACACAGCAGGCAGAGUUCUGGAACUUGCUCAACUUCUUGAUCAGAUUUGGAGAACAAAAGAUGCAGGAUUAGGAGUCUACUCUCUAGCACUUCUGAAUAACGUCAGCUACAAUGUAGUGGAGUUCUCUAAAUCACAGGUUGAAUGGAUGAGUGACAAGUUGAUGAGGUGCUUUGAAGACAAGAGAAACAAUCCUUUUCAGUUCCGGCAUCUCUCCUUAUGUCAUAGUCUGUCUGAUCUGGCUCGAGUGCCUAGUCCAAAAGUUGUUCUUGCCAGUCAACCUGACUUAGAGUGUGGGUUUUCUAGAGAUCUUUUCAUUCAGUGGUGCCAGGAUUCCAAAAACUCUAUAAUUUUAACUUACCGCACUACACCUGGAACAUUAGCACGAUUUCUGAUUGAUAAUCCUUCUGAAAAAGUUAUAGAUAUUGAGUUGAGGAAACGUGUCAAGUUAGAAGGAAAAGAACUUGAAGAAUACCUAGAAAAGGAGAAACUAAAGAAAGAAGCAGCUAAGAAGUUAGAACAGUCUAAAGAGGCAGAUAUCGAUUCCAGUGAUGAGAGUGAUGCUGAAGAGGAUAUUGAUCAGCCAACGGUACAUAAGACCAAACAUGAUUUGAUGAUGAAAGGUGAAGGUAGCCGGAAAGGAAGCUUUUUCAAACAGGCAAAGAAAUCUUAUCCAAUGUUUCCAGCCCCUGAAGAAAGAAUUAAAUGGGAUGAAUAUGGCGAGAUUAUCAAACCUGAGGAUUUUCUAGUUCCAGAACUUCAAGCAACAGAAGAAGAAAAAAGCAAAUUAGAAUCUGGUUUGACAAAUGGGGAAGAGCCUAUGGACCAGGAUUUAUCAGAUGUUCCUACUAAAUGUAUUUCUGCAACAGAAUCCAUGGAAAUUAAAGCCAGAGUUACAUACAUUGACUAUGAAGGACGCUCAGAUGGGGACUCAAUUAAAAAAAUUAUAAACCAAAUGAAACCAAGACAACUGAUCAUUGUCCAUGGACCACCUGAGGCCAGUCAGGACCUUGCAGAAUGUUGCAGAGCUUUUGGUGGAAAAGAUAUUAAAGUUUACAUGCCAAAACUGCAUGAAACUGUAGAUGCAACCAGCGAAACUCACAUUUACCAGGUCAGGUUAAAAGAUUCUCUUGUCAGCUCCCUUCAGUUCUGUAAAGCCAAAGAUGCUGAGUUGGCUUGGAUAGAUGGUGUUCUGGACAUGCGGGUUUCGAAAGUGGAUACUGGAGUUAUUUUGGAAGAGGGAGAGCUGAGGGAAGAUGAAGAUACAGAGAUGCAAGUGGAUAUGCCUUCUUCAGACUCUAGUGUCAUCGCACAACAGAAGGCCAUGAAAAGCCUCUUCGGUGACGAUGACAAGGAGAUGUGUGAGGAAAGCGAGAUCAUUCCUACUUUGGAACCUCUGCCACCUCAUGAGGUUCUUGGACAUCAGUCUGUGUUUAUGAAUGAGCCAAGACUGUCCGACUUCAAGCAAGUUCUCUUGCGAGAAGGUAUACAAGCUGAAUUUGUAGGAGGAGUGCUUGUGUGCAACAAUCUGGUGGCUGUUCGCAGGACUGAAACAGGGCGCAUUGGAUUGGAAGGCUGUCUCUGUCAGGACUUCUAUAGGAUAAGAGACCUUUUAUACGAGCAAUACGCUAUUGUCUAAGGAAAGUGCUGCAAAGAUACUUUUGCUUGAACUUUUAAAGACAAUGGGGAUUUCUCCCAAUUUUGACUUUUUGUAGUUUUCUAAUUUAUACAGGGGAAACCUAAUUCAUAAAGAACAAUUAACUACCCUGAAUGUAAAUAACUGCUACUGUCAUUCUUCAAAAAUCUGUUGGUACAUUCCAUGUUGUUGAUUUUCAAACUGUUAUGAGUUGCCGUCUCCCACAUAACACAUUAUAAAUGAGUUUAUGACUGUGAACCCUUCUUAGGAAAGGUUCAAUUUGUCAGGACAUGUUUUGAUUUCAUAGAUUCCCUGCCAAAGAGUGCAAAAUAUGUAAAAGUCAUUCUUCUGUUCUAAAAUAAGAUUAGAUAGGGAACU